AUGGAUGUGCAGGCAUGGUAUUUGAGAACCUCAAAACUGGCUCUGGCCUUGGCAAUCAUCCGUUCAAAACCAGCAGACAAAACCAGCAGAGAAUACACAGAGCAUCUUGCAAUGUUGGUAUCCGAGAAAGAGUCGAAAUGGAAAUCAAAAAUUGAAGUUUUGGAAGCUGAAGUUCUGGAAUUACGUCAAAAACUUCUUCUAAGCAAGAUUUGUUCAGGAUCAUUUAAUAGUGGAAACCUAUCUUCCCAGUUACAGGCUCAGGAACCCAUUUCUGAGAAUACAUUAUCUCUGAUGGAAGAUUCUGGAUGUGAUUUAUCAAAUGAGCAGAGAAUUGAAGUUUCAGAGCUGUCCCAGAAUUUUGUGGAAAGCUGCACACCCACACCUUUUCUACCACUUCCACUUUUGAAAAGACCUAGUGCUACCCCAGGAAAUCCUCUGUCUUCUCACAUGCAGUUCUUGCAACAUCUACUUAAAUUAAAGAAUUUGACAGAAUCAGGUAGUCUGAAAACAGACUUAACCCAUUUUGAGAAAGACUCUUCCACAGUCUCUGAUUCUGUUUUUCAGUUGCUGGAUGGCCUGAUCACUUUCUAUCAUAAUCCCAAACUUCCCUUUUCAAGCUUUUGUACAGAAGCUGUUGGUACUUUAGCUAGCCUGAUCAGUGAUAAUAACUUAUCUAGUCAUAUUCUUAAAAAGUGUUCCAAGAAGUUGGAAGAAUUUGAGAAAACUCUACUACAAGUUAUUUUAGGAAACAACCAUUUAAAUCGGUUUCAGAUGCAGCAUUAUGUCUCACAGAGUCUGGUAACCCUAGGAAGAUGCAGUGUGUUGAGAAAAUCUAUUAUAUCUCUGCUUCUAUCAGAAGUAAACAACUUUGCUGAUGACCUUGGAGCCAUUAAUCAGGCACAAGCAUGUUAUGAUGUGACACGCUAUGAAAAUAUUUUCUCCUUAUUCUGGGUUCUGGAGCAGCUUCUUCAAAAGAAAAUUGAAGAGAACACCUCAAGUACAGGGCAUAAUGAACAAGAAAUCAAGAAAUUUCUACAGAAGCAUGAUGAAAUUAUUUUCCAACUCUCUGAUGCAUUUCCUUUAUUUACCUUGUAUUUAUGGAGAGUAGGCAUUCUCUUAAACUCAGCAGAAGUUGAAGUUGUUGAAAAUAAUGCACUUUCUUAG